CUGCUGGUGCAGAGAUGGAUGUCUGUGAAGGACAAAGACAAAGAGGAGUUCCAGCAGGCUCUGAAGAUCUACACAGAUGCCACAGUCUGCCAGACCAACAAUCUACAUGUGUCCGUUCAGAGACUUCCAGAGAUCCUGCUUCAUCAUGUAUGAGUUCUGGCUAGGCCGUUUCUCCUGGAUGAGUUAUUUGCAGUGCCCCAUCGGCAAGACAUUCCAGUGCGGCAUCAUUUACAUACUGGAGGACCCGGAAAUGGUCUCCACCAUGCUCCCACCGGCAUCGUGGUGGAUUAUGAAUAACAACUGAAAUAAGUAAAGUUCCCAUCAAAAGAAUAAGAGGAGAAAGUGUUUUCUUAAUAUGAUUGUUUUGUACUGGUAUGCUCCACUUAAUUUGUUUACUCCAGCAUACUAAGGACUAUUUCCUAGACAAUAUACUGUAUUUACUGUAUUGUAAUAAUUUCAGAUAAACUUAUGCACGACUUAACCUUGACUGUUUAAUUACAUCAGUCAAAAUCCUGAUGCGUUAGAAAGAGUUUUGAAAUAUUGCAAUAACUAUUGUGUUAUUGAAAUCCAUAUCAUUAUAAUAAGUAUUUUUUCCUGUGCUUCUUUCGAUACAUUGACAUGUAUUUUAGAUGUAGAAAUAGACAUACAAAAACAAAAAAUGUUUGCAUGAAUUUGAAAGAUUUCCCAAUGCUACUUUACUAGUUUCUAAACAAACAUGUCAUGUGAGUUGCUUUAACUUCCCAUUAUAUACUAUGUUAGUUACCUCUAAUGCAUAUACAUGCAGGUAGCCUAGUGGUUAGAGCAUUGGGCCAGCCAGAUCGAAUCCCCAA